UCCACCUUUCUGCUCUGAGAAAAAACUGGACACAACUCACAACUCACACUGAGAAGAGAGAUCCUGCCUUUACACAACUACAGGAGGAAAUACUUUAAUUUACAGAGACUUUAACUAGCUUCUGACUGGAUCAGUACGUUUUAAACACUUUGACACCAAAGUGAAAGUAAACUUCAGAUCACGGCAGGAGGGUGUGACUGGGUCAGAAAAUGGCAUCCAGCUCGUCUCUCCCAGAGGAGGAUCUCUCCUGUCCUGUGUGCUGUGACAUCUUUAAAGAUCCUGUCCUGCUGUCAUGUAGCCACAGCUUCUGUAAAGCCUGUCUGCAGGAAUACUGGAAGGGGAAUAAAGAAAAGAAUUGUCCAGUUUGCAGAAGAAAGUCAUCAAGGGAUUCCCCUCCCCUCAGCCUGGCUCUGAAGAACCUGUGUGAGUCCUUCUUACAGGAGAGACGUCAGAGAGCUUCAGCAGGGUCUGAGGUGCUCUGCAGUCUGCACAGUGAGAAACUCAAGCUCUACUGUCUGGAUGAUAAACAGACAGUGUGUGUGGUGUGUCGGGACUCUAAACUACACUCCAACCACAGAUUCAGACCCAUCGAUGAAGCUGCACAGGGUCUCAAGGAGGAACUCCAGCCUGCUCUGAAGUCCUUACAGGAGAAGCUGAAGAUCUUUAAUGAAGUUAAACAAACCUGCGAUCAAACAGCAAAUCACAUUAAGGUCCAGACCAAGCACACAGAGAGACAAAUUAUGAAGAGGUUUUAUAAGCUUCACCAGUUUCUACAAGAGGAACAGGAUGCCAGGAUAGCUGCAGUGAGGAAGGAGGAGGAGCAGAAGAGUCAGGUGAUGAAGGAGAAGAUUGAGGGGCUGAAUAAAGAGAUAUCAACACUUUCACACACAAUCAGAGCCAUAGAGGAGGAGCUGAGAGCUGAAGACAUCUCAUUCCUGCAGAACUACAAGGACACAGUGAAAAGAGCCCAGUCCACUCUGCCGGAUCCACAGCUGGUCUCAGGAGCGCUGAUAGACGUGGCCAAACACCUGGGCAACCUGACCUUCAGAGUCUGGCAGAAGAUGCAGAACAUUGUCUCAUACACUCCUGUGACUCUGGACCCCAACACUGCCUACCCAGACCUCAUCCUGUCUGAGGAUCUGACCCGGGUGAGAGACAGUCAGGAGAGACAGCAGCUUCCUGACAACCCAGAGAGGUUUUAUUACUAUGGAUGGGUCCUGGGCUCUGAGGGCUUUAACUCAAGGAAACACAGCUGGGAUGUUGAGGUUGGAGACAGUACACACUGGUACCUGGGUGUGGUAACAGAGUCUGUCCAGAGGAAGGGAAUCUUACAGGGUGGACACUGGGGAAUCUGGUUCGAUGAUGAUGAAUACACAAUAUCCUCACAGGGAUCACUCACUGUUCUCACAGUGAGACAGAAAGCCCAGAGGAUCAGAGUGCAGCUGGAUUGGGUCAGAGGAAAGCUGUCAUUCUCUGACCCUGAUAGAAACACACACCUACACACAUUCACACACACCUUCACUGAGAGAGUGUUUCCAUACAUUCAAAAUAUCAGCACUCUCCACUCUCUGAGGAUCUUACCAGUGAAGACCUCUGUAACAGUAGAACAGCACAGUCAUUAGAGCUGAUACCACAUCUAUCUGGAACAGUAGAACAGCACAUUGGGUGUGUUUACAACCUUCCUGUCAUGAAGGAAAUCAACCUCUAACAUGAGCAUCCAUGUACAAAGAACAAAGAUCAACAGGUGUGAUUAUAUUUUAGGUCGAAUGGUGUUCUUCAUGUAUGACAGUGUCUGAAUCAGAAGUCAUUUAGCCUUGUUGAAACAAAAAUGUAUAUAACGUCUGUUUAUGCUAUAAGGUGUGUGGAAGAAAUUGCGUUUUCCUGUGAGCUUACAUUAUUCACUCAAUCAAUAGAACUAGUCAUUGGAUACUAGUUAGUAUGUUCUCGUCUAAGCUUGCUAUUAAUAAGAGUAGGUUGUGUCUAUGUGUCAGGGUUAAUAGAUGUUCGGGAUCAGGAGAAAGUACUGGGUAAACGUCCUUUGUCAUGACUACAAGGAGAGCGCCAACUAUGAUCUCUCUAUUCUGAGUGGUCAUGUGUUGGGAGCUGUGAAUCUCUUUCUCUGAGACUGUUGUAACGUCAUUACUGCCUGACUGUCACUAUCUAUGUUUACAUUCCUGUGCCCUAUAAAAGAUGGUCCUCCGGCCUUCAGAGCUGAGAGAGACAUGAUUGAGACCUAAGCCUGGUGUUGGGUUGUCAUUUAUUGCCAGGGGUCUGUUUUUCUCUCCCAAUCUGAAGAUUGAUAAAUACUAAUUAAAAUACUAAUUAAACUUAGUCACGCCGUUUAUGAAGAGACGGACAAAACACUUUCUUCAUCAGGUGUAUGACAAAAGCCGUGUAUCUUUUUUCUACAACUAUUUGUCAAAUUACAUGCUUAGUCAGCGUACUUAAUUGUUUUACUUGUUUACUGUUGAACAGGAAUGUUGACUGUACCAAGCCUUAGUUUCUUUGUGAGCUCAUAACAUAUUAUAAUCUAUGAAAUGAUGUGAUACUUUACACUGUUGUUCAUCUCUCACCUUCUCCUGAGUUUGAUUUAAAUGAUUCACUAUUUUACCACUAGAGAGAGAAAGAGGACAGCAUAUUGUUCCACCAGUUGACUCUUUCAACCUUGUUGAACCAGUUUAGACACAGUACAACUCUUCACUGUUUGUCAAGCAUCACAUUCCAAACUCUGAAGGGUGGACAUGUUCAAAUAACUUUAUUACUAGUCAGGUGGCUGAGCGGUUAGGGAAUCAGGCUAGUAAUCUGAAGGUUGCCAGUUUGAUUCCCGGCCGUGCAAAAUUGCGUUG